GAAGCAGACGCCCCUUUGAUGGACCGCCGACGUUCGGUCAUGAUACACGAUGGAACAUCAAGAACGGUCAAGCGGCAAUGUCGCCGCUUUGCCUUUUGGGCAGAGGUAGCCCAGGGCUUCCCGGCUAGGAUGGGGGAUGAGGGUAGGGGGUUGGUGUUCCAGAUUUGUUUGCCGUCUUCCAUUUCCUUCCGCACCUAACCCAGCAACCCAGCAAAGAUGAGCCAGCCGAAACCCCAUCCCCAAAGGUCUUCGUCCGUGUACUCGCAGGGCUCCAGCUCGAGCAAUAGCGGAGCAAAUCCUCCCACCCGCUCUUUUCCAAGCUCGGGCUACUCGCCCGCGGCCAACCGACCCGGCAGCAGUGGCAGUAGCGGUCCCGGCUCCGGCGCCGACAUGCCUGCUCAGGCUAGUAUUAUGUCCGCCUACGGCCAUUCGAGCUACGGUGCAGCCAGCCAGAGCGGCGCUAGCGACAGCAAUAGCGGUAGCGUUGGCGCCGCGGGACCGGUCCGGCCCCUAAGCGGCACGUCCUAAACCAACACGUUCAUCCAGUCGGCGCCGCAGACGUCGCCGGCGCGUAGCGCAUCACCAGCGCCGCGCCCGCCGGGGACGACCAGCGGUACGUCCUACUCCAAG